GCCCGGCAGGGGCGGGGGAAGAGGAAGACUGGCCCGCUCCCCCGGUCAGAGUUGGGAGGGCGCCCAAGAUGGCUGCCUCCACGGGCGACCUGUUCUGCUUCUGUGCGGAUCCUGCGGGCCCGGCCCGGGCCACGGCGGAAGUGAGAUUCAUCAGCAGCCUCAAGGGAAAAGGCUUAUUUGCCACCAGGAAUAUCCAUAAAGGGGAAACGAUCUUCUUAGAAAAGCCUGUGGUGUCAUCCCAGUUCCUCUGGAACGCGCUGUACAGAUAUAAAGCCUGUGACCACUGCCUGCGGGCCUUGGAGACGGCAGAGGAGAACGCGCAGAGGCUUCUGGGGAAAAGCUGUCGGGUCCUGCCUCACCCAGAGCAGUGCAGCAUCCGGAAGGAUUUGCAUCAGCACUGCCCCCACUGCCAGGCUGCGUAUUGCAGUGCUGAAUGCAGGCAAUCUGCCUUUGAGCAAUACCACCAGGUGCUGUGCCUCGGCCCCUCCCGAGAGGACCCCAAACAUCCCCUCAACAAACUGCAGGACGCCUGGAGAAACAUCCAUUACCCACCGGAGACUUCCAGCAUCAUGCUGCUGGCGAGGAUGGUAGCCACCGUCAAACAGGCGAAGGACAAGGACUGGUGGAUAAAGCUUUUCUCUCAGUUCUGCAGCAAAACGGCCAACGAAGAAGAGGAGAUCGUCCACAAGCUGCUGGGGGACAAAUUUAAGGGCCAGCUAGAGCUCCUCCGACGGCUCUUCACGGAAGCCCUUUAUGAAGAACAUCUCAGCAGGUGGUUUACUCCAGAAGGGUUCCAGUCGCUGUUUGCCCUGGUUGGAACCAAUGGUCAAGGCAUAGGAACAAGUUCCCUGAGCCAGUGGGUCCAUGCCUGCGAUGCGUUAGAGCUUCCCCCGCACGAGCGAGAGCAGCUAGAUGCCUUCAUAGACCAGCUCUAUAAGGAUAUCGAGAAAGAGACCGGAGAGUUCCUGAACUGCGAGGGAUCCGGCCUGUACGUGCUCCAGAGCUGCUGUAACCACAGCUGCAUCCCCAACGCUGAGACGUCCUUCCCGGAUAACAACUUCCUCCUGCACCUCGUCGCCCUGGAGGAGAUCGAGCCGGGAGAGGAAAUCUGCAUUAGCUAUUUAGACUGCUGCCAGCGGGAGCGGAGCAGACACAGCCGCCACAAGAUACUCAGGGAACACUACCUGUUCACCUGCUCGUGCCCCAAGUGCCUGGCUCAAGCCGACGACGCCAACCUGACUUCAGAGGAGGAGGAGGAGCUGGAGGGCGAAGGAGAGACGGACGAUGCGGAGCUGGAGGAUGAGAUGACGGACGUUUGAUCCUGGGCCUGGGGAUGGGGUUCGGCUUUGUACCGGAGACGGGACCGCGGGGAGGGACUGUGCCUGUGUCGGCCAGGGCUGGCGCGGCGGCAGGGAGAGAGCAUGUUAAGGUUAGGCUAGGUUGGGCAAUGGAGGAAGCGGGGAUCUUCUCUGCUCCUGACCAUCCUUCUGGGGGAGUGUGUCUGUGGUCCCGGGGUCCCCUCUGUCUAGGUAAUGGCUCCACUUGUCCCAACCACUCCUCCGCGGCUGAGGCAGAUAUCCACCCACACAGACAUCGCCUUGGUCUCCUUGUUUUGUGUCUGAUCCUGCACACAGAGCAAUAUGCCGGGGCGGGGGGCGGGGGGCGGGGGGAGACGACGCAUGCAGGGAAAGUCCCCGGCUCUUCUGAGCACAGCGCACAAACCUUAACGCUACCCUUGUUCCUGACGCUGGGCAAACAACCAGCUACACCGGGGCUUCCUCCGGUGUCAGUAUCUAAGUGAUCUGAGAACUUGGAGAGGAGAGUCUGGGGGGAUUUGGGCUUGUGACUUCCUCGGGGCUGUGGAGGGGCCAGAACAGAGGUUUAACCCAGUGGAGACAGUGGCUGUGCAAAGAGGUUGUGGUCUCAUGGACUCGGCAGAAGACUGGGAGCCAGGACUCCUGGGUUCUAGUCCCUGCUCUGUCGCUGACUUGUGGUGCGAGAAGUCACUUACUCUUGCUGUCUCUCAAGUUUAAAAUGCGGGGGGAUGAUCAGACUUUCCUAGCUUGGGGAGAGGAGGAUUAGCUGCUCAAUAUCUGGCCAGGGCUGAGUAUUUUGAGUCAUACACACACACGCACUCUUAGUGCCAGAGGGUGAAGGGUUAAGUAGCUCUGGGGGUGACGGGGUCAGCUGCUGGUGCCUCACACUUCUUGCCCCUGCUGCCCUCAUGGGUUGGCACAGUAAUUUUGUUGUGGUGGUUUCACCACGGGGAGGUCUGUCUGCCCCCCCAGGGCAUCGGGCUCAAUGGUACUGACUGGCCUGUGAGGGGCUCCUGAACGGGCCCCAAAGGGAAAUCCUUACCCAGCCUGCCAGACCCCUGGCCCCAGCGUUACACCAGUGUGCAGGCGUUGCUUUUCUCAGCACUGCAGCUUGUUGUCAGAAGGGAGUUAGGCGCUUCGGAGCCAGACUCCCAUUGACUGUCAGUGCGAUUUUGGCUCUUAUGUGCCUAAAUCCCUUUUACCAAGGAGACGUAGGCUCCUGAAUCAGCUAGGUAUUGGAAUGCUGAGUGCAGCGACGGCUAAAUACCUCUAAACACCUGGGCCCCGGUUCUCCUCCAGGGGACCAGGAAGCAGGGUCCGGCCCAUUGCCAAGCCCAGCCCUGGAGCGCGAAGGGAGAAACAGUCGACUCUGUUGUGUCUGCGGGGGGGUGGUUGGAGAGAUCCAUCCUCAGCCUUCCCUUGAGUGUAUUAGACCACUGACCUCCCAGGGGUGCAAAGGCCGCAGGGCUGGGCCCUGGGUAUCACGUGACUGUCAGCCAGGCUCUAGAGACUGAGUCUGCGAGGAGCUGGCAGCUCCUUCUAGACCCACUAGUGUAAGCUCCCCAAGGGCCUGUCUGCCUGGGUCUGAGCGGUGCCCAGCGCCCCCUGCACCUCUUGGAGCCAGUGGGCGUUGGGGGUGCUCAGCACCUCUCAGAUCAAACUCUGUCAGAGCAGCGUGGCGCUCUCGGGGGAGGGGGUGGCGAAGGAUCCAGACAAGAGUUCAGGGUGCCUAGUACCAUAGCCAGAGAUGGGCACAUGCCAGUCGAUGAGGGAGUCCGUCCCCCCGCGAGGGCAGGACCUGCCCUCCAAUAGAGACUGAGCCACCUGGAAAAAUCUCAGCCUUCUAGGAGGCAGGUGGCGUUGUCCUCCCCCCGGCAGCCAUCUCCAACAUGGUGGUUUGCCUUUCCGCGCUGUCCCGGUGGCUGGAUGGAGGGGCGGCUUCGAGCACGAUGUAAUUGCUUGGGGCCUUCAGGGCGCUGGGCUGCCUGGGGACCAAACUGAGAGGACCCUCGCCAUCCACAUCUGAUCUUCUCCCCAUGAGCAGUGAGGCUGGAGUGGGAGGAAGGUCACCCACCAGCUGUGUUCACCUGCUUGUUAGAGAGAGCCACGUUCCCCACCCCACCCUUCUCUCCUCACUCCAGUAACGGGGCCAGGAGCGGGGGCACCCCACAUCCUGAUCUCCCACCCCACUCCCCCAUCAGUGAGAGGGUUGGGACAAACCCUUUCCAGAAGUGGGAUACAAUUCCUGGCCUCGUUUCUUCCACCGCCUCCCCCAGUCCUCCUGCAGCUGGUGGGGCUUAGCCGGUCUGAUGGAGAUGAAGCCUGGCAUGCUGGGAGUGGUUGUCUCUUCAGUGCACCCCACCCAUUAAAGAGUAAGAGAGAUGCAGUCUCCUCCGUUGCCGACGAGGCGUGAGCUGUGAGGCUCUGCUGUGCCCCCCAAGAAGACUGAUUUUUCACACUUUCCUUAGGACUUCUUGUGGAGGGGGGAGCCUGGGCUCUCUGACUGGCAAACAAUGGAGCACCACGCUUCUUAAACCUGCCUGUGUUGACUGACUUAGGGCCCACUUGACGUAAGCGGGGAGUCUUCCCGUUGAGUUUCCCUGGGAAUUUGACAGGGUCGUUAGCGUUGAAAUACGACUGUUGAACAUAUCUUAGCCUCGUGACAGCACGUUUUGAGGGCUUUUAUAUUGUGUGUGCCUGGAGCUGAGAGAGUGACCUGGAAACUUGGUGCCUGCAGAUCACAGGCCAAAUCCUACACUGGUGUAAAUCUGGAAUAGCUUCACUGACUUCCUCUGAGUUACGCCAAGUUCACGCUGGUGUUGCUGAGAUCAGAAUUUGUUUUCAUCUUAAGCCCACACUGCACAAGCAGUUGUGCUUUGAUUUUUGGUCUUGCUUGAAACAGUACAGCAAUAGGCUUAUUUGACAUGGUGCUAAUGCCUGCGGUGAUCGAAUUGCAGUGAAUUAAGGGCAGUGGGCUGCUAUGGAGUAGACCGACUGUUAAACCGUGGCCUACAAUGGCUCCAGAACAUUGCUUGAGCAAAGCAGUCUUCCAAAAACCCAGAUGGUGCAAGGAUCUCGAACAAGUUCCCACCUGUACAAGCAAAAUGUUACAUUUGAGAGCAAGGAAUUGUGGUUGAGCAGAGAACUGCUGAAAAAGUGAUCAGGCUAGAUGUGAAUUUAAAUGACAACAGUAUCAAGAUGAAAAUGAUACUGCAGAAAAGCCCUAUCUGUGACCAAUGAGGUGUUUAACCAAAAAAACCCCCCUAAAAAGGGAGAUUUAAAAACAACCACCAAAGCCUUUUCUCCAUUUACGCUGCUUCCUUUUUGCAGGCCAGCUUGAGCGGUGGAACUAUAUUGGUCAGUUUCACUUCUUGGUUCUCGUGCCCUAGCCCCAUUCCCUUGCACGUGGGUUUCCGGUGCAUUGCUUCAGCUCUAAAUAAUCCCUCCUCUUUUCAAUGUAUCCAGCCUGCCUGAAUAGAGAGCCUAAAACACUGGACAGUAGUUUACAGGCCUGAAGAACCAGAGCCCUGCUGCUAAGCCUGCCUUGGGUAUUUUGUUGGCCAACCUUGAAUUUUAAAGUUGCCAAAAUCCAUCUCCCUCCAACGGUAGCUUCCCUCCAAGGCUGUAAAUUAACGCUUUUCAGUUCAGAGAGAGUUGGGAAGCAGGCCCGGCUCCUCUUACGGUUGUGCUUGUAACCAACAGCCCGAUGUUGGUUUUGGAACAGCGGCAAGAGGCAAUCUUGUUUCAGGAGACAGAGGCAAAGCCAUUUGAUCUGUAUAUUCUCACAUAAGCAGAGAGGGGUGUGUGCUACAAACGUUGGAUCCGGAUUCCCAAACAGCCUGAAUGCCAAUCCUGGGGUUUGGUUGGGUCCGCUUGGAUCCGGAGUCUGGGAGUAUGCGGCACGGGAGGUUUUGGUGCCUCAGUGAGUGAGCCCCAGCAAACCGCCAUAGAGUGGGGUGCAAAGCGGCCCUGUUAACAGUAGUUGCCUUUUGAUGGAAGCUGCCACUAAUCUUUCUGAAACCGAAAAGCUGGUGGGCCAGGCUUGGCUGCCCUUGCUGAGGUCAUCUGCAAUCUGUGCCCAGCUCCACAGCUCUGCCACCUGGCUUUUUUCUGCGUUGUUCGAUUCACGGCAAAGCAGCGUUCUGGUGCCGUUCCAUUCUCCUACACUGCACCCUACCCUGUCACCUCCACGCUCUGCGCUGCUUCCCUCUUGUCACAAAAUGCCUGGGGGAACUGAGUCUCAUCAGCCACCCUCCUUCCAGAUUCCUGGUUGGGGGCUUGGGACAUCCUCCCCUGUGGAACGUAUCCAGACAUGUCCCCAUAGUCGGGUUGCCAACUGUCUCAUUACACAAACCCAAACAGCGCUGCCCUGCGGCCUUGCCCUGCUCACUCCAUCCCCCCCUCCCUCCGUCGCUCACUCACUGUCACCGGGCUGAAGACUCCGGCUGGGGGGUGGGUUCCAGGGUGUGGCCAGAAAUGAGGGGUUUAAGGUGUGGG